AUGAGAGGCCGUGAAGAUGCUGGACCAGAUGUGGAGGCUUCCAGUGGAAAACGUGUCAUUCAUAAAAACGUUGGCGAUACUGUGGAGCUUUCAUCAGGCUUACCAACUGAAGGUGUGACCGUGGCAACGUGGAGAUAUGGAGGAAUAAAUGUUGCAGACAAAGAUGUGGGUGUUUUUGAAAAAUCUCCAUUUAAGGACAGAUCAGAGCUGAACCCUGAAGACUUUACUUUAACAGUGAGAGAACUGAUUCUUCAAGAUUCUGGUGAUUUCAUGUUUAUCUCAGGCUGGAAUAACAAGCAAAGGCCUUCAGUCACCAUCUCUCUGCAAGUUCAUGAGCCCAUAACUAAACAGCCUGACAUAAAAAUCAAUUCUACCUGGGAGGCUUGUAAUGAAUCAUGUAAAGUUCUGCUGGAGUGCAGCACAACUGGUGAUGUCAGCUACAAGUGGACUGUAGGAAAACAAACACUAACUGGUCCCAGACAACAAUACAUCAUCAGGCAGGAUGGAGAGACCAAUGUCACCUGCACAGUUUCCAAUCAUGUCAGUGAGAAGUCUGCACUUCAAACAGUGAAGUGCAGCAAAGACACAGACACAAAUAAAACAGGUCUACAUCCCAAAAGGUCUCGGGUUCCUCUUUCCCAGUUCAAGGUGAUCGUUGUGUUUAUGAGACAGUUAGAGGAUCUGGAGAUGCUGGCCCAAGUACAGUACAAUGAUGAGCCAUCAAAGUAA